AUCAUUGCUCUAAAAGUCGGUGUAAUUCUUAUAUAACCUCAAAAUUGUGUUUAGCAUUAUUGUCGGAUAUUAUUUAUAAACAAUGGCACCGAAUAUUUUAAAAAGUAGCUUGCAAAAUGCAUCGUUUAGUAUUAUUUUUCAGAUUCUAUGUCGAGGCGUUACAUUCCUGUUAAACGCUUUUACAGUACGACAUGUAGGUCAGGAUGUAUUGGGUGUUAUGAACGUCCGAUUAUUAUUAUUGGAAUCAAUGAUUCUUUCUUUAUGUAAAGAACCAUUUUUUAAAGCAUGUUUGACAAAUACUGCGGAGCAUAAUUGGGCUCAAGUUGUAAAUAUUCUCUGGCUAACGGUACCAAUUUCUGGGAUGGCUUCCGCAAUUCUUGGCUAUAUUUGGCUUUCACUUUUAUCAACUGUUGAAGAAUUGCCACCGUAUUACACGUUUGCUGUCUGGGCUGUUGCAUUAUCCUGUAUUAUUGAAUUAUCCUCUUUAGUAGUUCAAUUAGUUUCCAGCGCAUUUUUAUUCGUUAGAUUGAAGAUUGUUCUGGACUCUAUUAUGAUUGCUCUUCGGACAUUGACGUUCGUUUGCUUUAUAAUCUACAAUCCAGAAAAUGCUUUGCUUGCAUUUGGAGUGGCACAAUUAUUAGCAGCAAUAUUUUACACCGCGAGUCAUUACAUUUAUUUCCAUUAUUAUAUUAAAACAUUGAAAAAAGAUAAAAGUAAAUUGAAGAGACGAAUGUCCUUGAAUGAAAACGAGGAAUAUAUACUGUCGGAUUUUCCAUUUAAAACGAUAAAGGACUUUUUGCCAGGACAACUUAGAAACAACGAAUCUUCUUUGUUUGGCAAGUUGGGCGCAUUGACGAGAAGCUUUUUCGGACAGGGUAGUUUAAAAUUAAUAUUAACCGAGGGUGAAAGACUGAUUAUGACAAUCAUGCCUGUAUUAACAUUCAAAGAACAAGGAGCGUACGAAUUAGUUAAUAAUUUAGGUUCCUUAGCAGCUAGGUUCAUUUUCCGUCCAAUAGAAGACAGUGGAUAUUUCUAUUUUACUCAAAUGGUACAACGAGAUAAAACUUUAAACGAACAGAAUCCUACAAAAGUACAAGAAAGCGUGAAUGUGUUAAUGAAUCUCUGCUCGGCAGUUACUUCAAUUGGUUUAAUUGUUUUAGUUUUUGGACAAUCAUACUCAUCAUUAUUAUUAUGGUUAUACGGUGGUUCAAAAUUAAUUGACGAUCCAUUACCGGUAUUCUUAUUGAAAACACAUUGUUUAGCUGUUUUAUUAUUGGGCGUAAAUGGAGUCACUGAAUGUUAUACAAACGCAACUGCUGACAGUAAAACAAUCAAUAAGAAUAAUAUUGUAAUGAUUUGUGAGUCUGUUGUUUUUCUCGUUGCAUCGUAUAUAUUUGUUUUAUUAUUUGGACCAGUAGGAUUUAUAUUUGGUAAUUGUGUUAAUAUGGGACUAAGAAUUAUUCAUUCAGUUUUAUUUAUCAACAAAAGACAUCGAGAUACUAAUCAUCAUCCACUUCGUGGUCUCAUUUUAAAACCAGUUUUUAGUGGCUCUGUAUUAUUUGCAGCUUUAAUAACCAACAUUUCACAAGCAUAUUUCUUUCCGGACGCUAAACUAUUCCACUUUUUUAUUGGAGGUGUAAUGUUUUUAAUUGUACUAUUGUCAUGGGCCUAUGAGCAUCAAGAUUUAAUUCGAUUGGGCAUUAGUAAGUGGUACGAUAGACGAAACGGUCGUAGGAAGAGUGAAUGACCUUAAAUGUCAUUUUCAUAAAUUAAUUAUUGUAUAUUACUAAAUUCCAAAACAAAAUUUUACAAUAUCGUUACAUCUGUAUAUUUGUCAAAUGAUAAUGUAUAAUUAUAUAUAUAUAUAUAUAUA